GCGAGUUGCCCGGCAGGAGCCACCGAAAGUUCGAAAGCACCGGCGCUUUUCGGAAUAACCCCGGAGGGCGGUUCCGCAGCAGCAGCACCUGCGUCUUGGUUUCUCGCUCGCAUCGAUCCCGACGAAGACCUCAGGAACGACGGCGAAGACGCGUCGCGUUGGUGGUUUCCCCGCACAAGGUCGUUCCAGUCGUUGGCUUCGUGGAUCUUUCUUCUCCCGGCUCACACAGGAAGAAAACAUGACGUCGAAGUGACAGUGCGGUACGCUUCGCAGCUGCCGAAGAUGCGUUUCCAUGGGCCCGACGAGUCGGGACAUGUACGAGCCGAGUUCGACUCUGCACGACGAAAUGAACGGUGAUUGUCGAGCUGACCCGCCCUCGUGAUCGUAGUCCGCGUCCCGUAGAUCUUUCUCAAGCCUCACCUUCGCGGAUCCGAGCGAUUUCAUCGCCUGAUCUGCAACGUUCCUUCACGAACCGCGUCGUACGUGCAAACUUCAUGGAAACAGGAACGGCGGUUCUCAAGCGGGUCGCGUGAUCCAAUGUCGACAACUUCCGAAUCGUCCAGCUAGGGCGAGGCGGAGUAUUUCGUCGUUAACCCGCUGUGUGGUGUUUCACUCCACCCGACCUAAGGAAGGAAACCAAGUGGAACGUGUUUGCAGUAGCCAUCGACCCCGCCGUGAUCGGAUGGCAUAUCGUCGGCGAGGCGAUAAGCGUCAGUUGUCACAGACCUUUCCCUUGCUGAACGUCAUCCUGGCAACCAAGGGCUACUGUUCGAGAUAACCAAAGAGCAAGCUUACUAUUUCCAGUGCUCGCUGAACACCCUUCAGUUCCUUGAAAUGUGCGACAGUGCUUCGUGCAAUUCCAAACGUGAACCUUGUGCCUGCGUAAGAAUGUAGCUUUUAUAAAGAACCUCUGGAGCCGUGCAGGCAGCAGCAGGAUUGACUCAGAGUCCGAUACGGAAGAGUUGGCAUUCAACAGAUCCAGCAUCCUGUCUGCGCUGUGGAAUAGACCUUAAUCCUGCGCCCUCAUAUGUACCAGCGAAGAUGAGGUGAUAAGAACCCCUGCCCGUGUUCAGGUGACGUUACUUAACGUUUAUCAGUGUCGAAAUGGCUCUUUCAUCUGCACCAGCAUUGCACUCUGCCGGUUUUCAGUGCCGGAUUGUUCGCUUCAUCGCGCGGAUCUGGACAGUGGCUCUGGUGUCGUUAAUCGCUCUCGACACGGCUAUCUGCGCACCGCACCGACAGCGCCUCAAGGUGAACCCGGACUUGAUUACGAAGUCAUGGGACCCUUUUCCCGUGUUGGGCUUCUUCAUGGAGUUCUGUCAAAGCCAGCUCAAUCGCACGGGCCGAUGCAUGUCGCUGCCCGACUGUCGCUUCUCCAGGGGUACCAGAGAGGGCGACUGUGCGGACGGCUUCGGAGUCUGUUGCAUUCACGAAGUUCGGAACAACGUGGAGACGACGGUGUCCAACAACUCGUACUUCGUCCAGCCCGGUUUCCCGAAACCAUUCACCGGUGGCAAAAACGUGUCCCUCACGGUGCUGCUGCCUUCUUCGACGUGUCAGCUGCGGCUAGAACUGGAGGAGUUUCGUCUCCUACCCCCGGUGGCCGGGCGCUGCCUCAACGACUCCAUGCGAGUCUUCGUCAACGGCAGUGACUCGUACGUGCCAGAACUGUGCGGACACAACGCUGGUCAACACGUGGUUCUGCAUUUUCCGGAGAACGAAGAGCAUAGCCUUCUGUCCGUCAGUGUGGUCACUCCAAAAUCGGGCUUCGAGAGGCGGUGGUCAGUGCGGAUCGUUCUGUACAGCUGCGGCAGUAAGAAGCUGGCUCAGCCCGGUUGCUUGCAGCAUCACGGCAGUUGCCGAGGCUCCUUUCGAAGUUUUGCGUACACCGAGGAGGCCCUGCACUUCGUGCGCGCCCUCAACUACGCCGUCUGCAUCGCGCGCCCCAGCUGGCUGCAAGCCAUAUCUCUCAAGAUACGCACCGUCUCUGGGUACUCGCCAGCCGCCGCGACCCGCCGUGGAGACGCCGGCAACGACGACGGUGGGGUCGGCGCGGAGCAGGAGUGUCGGAGCAACUUCAUCCAGCUGCCGCCCGGAUACGACAGCCGGAGAGGUCUGGCCGCGCCCGUCAGAAUAUGCGGCGGCAACAGAACGGUCAUCCUACACAUGUCCGUCCAAGGCCCCCUGGUUUUCUACAUCGUCAGCAGUGACGGCGUCGACCAGCGCACACAGUUUCGUGUCGACUACAGUCUGUACCCUUGCUCAGAGAGCUCACGAUGAACAAUUUUCUCAAAUACUUUGCUCAUUAUUACGGCGUCAUGCAUUGAACUAAGCUAGCCGACAAGAAGAUAAUUCGGCGCCCUAAACCCCAGGAGCAUUGACAUUGAAACAUCCAUACAACAUAUCCGGUAGUCAGUGGCAGUUAACAAUAUGCAGCUAUAACGCGUGACUGUGCAACAGGUAGCUCACAUCCAACUACUGCGCAAUGAAAAAAGCACACUUCACGAUCACACAUUUUGUACACCUGGCGUGACUCACUGCAAAGUCGCGAAUUCAUCGAGAUGAAUAUGCCCGAGUCAACUUUUCCGGUGGUGGCAGUAGUGCGUCUUAACUUCUUAUACUUUAGCACUGAAUGCAAAUGUUGCGAGAGCCAAUUUCGCAGACGCUGAAGCUUAUGGCCACUUAGUAAUACUUAUUUUGGGCUAGUUCGUACAAGCUUGCCGAAGUACAAAAAUUGUUUAAGCACCAUAGAAGGGCAAAAAAAUAUGAAAAGACAGUUUUCUGUGUCAUGUCACUUCCAUGGUGUCUACGACUUCUUUUGUAUACCGGUAACCUAGAAUAGAUCUCAGAAAAAUGGCGGAGUAUGUCAAUACCUGCCGACUACUUGUGUUUGUUUUUUGGAUAAUUGUGAGCACCCCACCGAGCGAAUACGGAAAGGCACAUAUAAGCUAUGUAUUUGUCAUUACACGUGAUUGUGGUUGAUGUAGACAACGCCAGGUGCUUUCAGGUUGCAUGGCUUCACUGCGCGAAUGUGAUCGGUUGUUAUUUCAUGCUGCGAUUUUCAGAAAUUGUUUCAUCAAGAAGGACUUGAAAGAAAUGAAAGCAUUGUGUGAAGCCCUGGCAAAAAGUUCAAUAAGGUGUUUCUAAGGAUCAUUUAUUAUAAACACAAACAGGAAAACACGCAUGAAGAACACAAGAGGACGAGUGCUGUCCUGUCUAUUCGAUCAAUUCUUCGUUAUUUCUUUGCGCUUUUUACGAUAUGUUAUCCAUGCCAACUGACUUUCAUCAAUACUUCUAACCUGUUUUAAGUGUUUCUUUGAAUCAAAACCUAAACCUUUUGGUAAACGAUGCGUCAAUAUUGGACACAAAACGUAUUUUAUUCUAUUUUUCUUUCUUUCACACUUUGUAUUGAGUGUUCUCUCCUGGUGCACAGUAAGGUAUGUUUAGCAGUGUUUAUGUCAGGGCAAGCUGGUGCAACAUUUGCGAAAUAAAUCGGCACGUGAUACGCGACAAAAACACACAAUGAUAAGACUAGUGCUGAACUACAGACCUUGAUUGGUAGUCCAGCAUUAUUCUUGUGGCUGUGUGCCUUUCGUCCGGUCUUUCAUGCGGUUUUGUUUUGCCAAUACGGUACUUCGUUGCCCUCACAGAUGACAUUUUUAUGAAAACACAGACGAUUUUUAGUUCGGACACUGUACGAAUGUACAAGUAUGCAGAAUGCAGAACUGUGUUGCUGCAGGAGUUGCGUCUCUGUCUGUUUUUGUUACAGAAGUUGAGUUCCUUUUUUACGUGACUGCCCUCACAGCGUAAAUGACAUGUAUUUUAGACAACGUAACUCCUAUUUUUAUCGAAAUGCGGCUUUCAGUUGCUUUUCUUGCACGAAGCUCAUAAGUUCUGCAGAAAUAAAUAUUUUGCGAUUAAGUUA